AUGGCUGCCAAAAUUACUUCAAUUGCUGAGGGCUGGGAGUGGCCCGAGGAUGGCAGCAUGGCUAUUGAUGAGCCUGCCCUGGAACUCCCUGUUCCAGUUGAGGAGCCGCUGGUCUCGUUUGUUCCCUGGAGGGAGCUGCAAAAGCAGCAGGACGAUAAGUUGAAGAAGAUGGAGGAGAUGGGCCGAGAGCCCUUAACCCGAGAUAUUUUGGUUCAAGAGGCCUUGGCCAAAGAGGCUUGGGAUCAAGACGUAUGGGGAGAGGAGACCUGGGUCCAAGGGGCCUGUGAUGAAGAGGUCUGGCCGGGAGAGGAUUCGGAUGAAGAGAUCUGGGAUCAAGAGGUCAUGGAUGUAGAGGUCUUGUAG